UUAUUACGAAAUUAAAAACAUUUUAAGCGUGUUAAUAUUCUUGUUUUGAAACCAAGUAUUUAUAAUUCCGUUUUUAUUGUUACAGAUAUUCAUUCUAAUCCUGAUUCAAUGUCAUUAUUUUCCUGGGAACAAGCUGACUGUUCUAUAACGAAAAACUUCGAUUCUAUUCAUCUUUAAAUUAAAUAAAACUAAAAAAAUUCACAAAUAAAGAACAUACCAAUAUUUUUAAGAGGUCUGUUUAUUAGAUUUUAGUUUCACUAUGAUCAGUUGUGGUUGCGGAAAGCUAUGCAAAGGACAACGUGGCCUUUCUAUUCAUAGAGCAAAAGGCAAUUGUGGUAGCUCAUCAUCAGGUUUGUUCAAUUCAAUGUCAUCAAAUUAUUAUACUCCCUCAUAUAUUUCAUCUUCAUCAAGUCAUUAUAGUUCAUCGUCGUUAUUUUCGUCAAGUUCGGAUAUGGUAGCAUGUGGUUCAUGUGGAGGAAAAUUUAAAGGACAACAUGGUCUCGCUAUUCAUAAAGCCAAAAGCUGUUGCGGAUCAUCUUCAUCAAAUCAUAGUUCAUCGUUAUUUCCAAGUUCGAUUAUGGUAAAAUGUGAUUCGUGCGGGGGAGAAUAUAAAGGACAACACGGUCUUUCCAUUCAUAAAGCCAAAAGCAGAUGUGGCAGUUCAUUAAAAUCAUCAUCGACCUCAUCUAAAUUUGAUACACAUUCAGAACAUUGUGAAGACUGUGGACAGGCAUUUAAGGGUAAAAGAGGAUUGAUUAUUCAUAGAGCAAAAUCUAAAUGUGGUAGAGCGAGACAAUAUCAAAUCCAAAAAAGUGUGGAUAUAUGCACAGAGUGGUUAAAUAAUUUGAAUCAACAAGAUUAUUUUAAUACUCAUUAUGAUCCUUCUAUGUAUAAUCUAGAGGAACGACAACGGCCGAACGCUGUUGGAUUAAACUAUGACAUACCUUCUACAGUAGUAAAUAAUAUCAAUGAAGCACCUCAACCAGUUGUUUGGUCGGAAAUCGGUAUAGAUUUUAAAGAAAAAAUAAUUUAUGAAAAAGAAAAAUUUUAUCAGAAGUCAACAAAUCAAACAUCUAAAGAAAGUAACGAUUGGAGAUUGAAUACAAAAACAUUUGCAGAGCGACUUUCAUUUAUUUUUAAAAGAAAUUUAUAUGUUGAUAUUAAAUUUGUACUGAAUUGUGAGAAUAAACAUAUCAGUUUGGAUGGGCACAAGUUAAUUUUUGCUUUGUCAAGUCCUAUUUUUCGUGCGAUGUUUUAUGGAUCUCUGGCAAUGGAUGGAAAAGUGGUCAUAAAAGACUCUUCUCCAAAGGCGUUUCAGAAUAUUCUAAAAUACAUAUAUACCAACAAAAUUUUUUUGAAAGAUGUGGACGAUGCCAUUGAUACUCAUUAUUCUUCUAAGAAGUAUUUUUUGUAUAAACUAGAAAAUAAAUGUGUUAAAUUUAUGGAUAGAGAAAUUAAUAUAAAAAAUGUUCUUCAAGUAUUUGAAUAUUCGAUUCUUAUGGAACUGAAAAAGAUAGAAGAAAAAUGUCAAGAAAUUAUAAAGCGAAAUCCAGAAGCAUGUCUUCGAUCUGAAUAUUUCUUGAACAUGAAUCUAGAAUCUAUAAUGAAGAUAAGCGAAUGGUUUUUUAAAAUAAAUGUCUCUAACAAAUUCUUAGGCGAGAAAAUAGUAGAAUGGGCUACAAAAGAGUGCAACGAACAAGAAAUUUCCAAGACAGAAGAAAAUUUGAACAGUCUCUUGGAGCCUGUUCUAGAUAAAAUUGGUUCUGAAACUUUUUCAAUUUUAGUUGAAGAUAUGACUCAUAAAUUUAAGAGAUUCUGAUUAUUAAUAGAAGUCGCCAAAAAGUAUAAUAUCAUUUCUCAAUUUGGACAUUUUUAAUGAUAAAAUAAAAUACGAUUAAAACAUUGUAAAAUUGUAGAAAACGAAGCAUGAUUAAUUAUAGAUUGUGUUUUAAGUAUGUUGAUUAAUUUCAUUAUUAAUUAAAGUAAAUAUUUCAUGACUAUAAAUUAAACAUAUAAUAUGUUUACAUAUUGUUGAAUUAGUAGUUAAUAGAAAUUUAUAAUGUAAUCAUCAUGGAAUUGUAAAAAAGAAUUAUAAAACAAUGUUCAUUGCAAAACAGUACAUUAUCUUUUCUGA